CAGAUAAAUGCUGGUAAAGUAGUUAUUGUGAGCAGGUUUAAAUUCAGAUACAAUGCUGACAGUGGAAACGUUUUGUCUCCCAUCCACUAGGUGGCUUAGCUAACAACAGCUAUUCAAGUAUCCUGACCAAAAUGCGCCGAAAUGUCAGCUAGUCAACAAAGUUGAGGAAACUAAUUGGAGCCAAUCUUCAGUCAAAAUGAGUUCGUUCGCGGGUCGCAUGAAGGAGUAUCCCAACAUGUCCCUGGAUCGGUUUGACAGGGAGAAUCUACAUGCAAGGGCUUAUUUUCUAUCUCACUGCCACAAAGCUCUACUUACAUCAUGUAUUUUCUGCAGAUCACAUGAAGGGGCUGAAGGGGCCUCUAUUGAAAAGAAAGUUGAAAUUCAGGAACUGUUGCUGAGCAAUCCAAAAUAUGCCUUCUGGGAAGAUCACAUAGUUGCUUUGGAACUGGAGAGUCCCACACUAAUCACUUUAAUAGACGAGGCUUCAGGAGAGAGAGAAGAACUUGUGGUGACUCUGCUUCCUGCAGGUCACUGUCCAGGCUCGGUCAUGUUCUUGGUAGAGGGGGCCCAGGGUACAGUGUUGUACACAGGAGACUUCCGACUGGCGAAGGGAGACGCCUCCCGCAUAGAACUCCUCCACUCUGGGAGCAGGGUGAAAGACAUCAAGAGUGUGUAUCUGGACUCCACCUUUUACGACCCUCGCUUCUACCAGAUCCCCAGCAGGGAGACGUGUCUACAUGCUAUCCGGGGGCUGGUACAGGACUGGGUCAGUAGGAGUGUGUACCAUACAGUGUGGCUGAAUUGUAAAGCUGCAUAUGGAUAUGAAUACCUCUUCACUAACCUGGGGGACGAGUUUCACACACAGAUUCAUGUCAAAAGCCUGGACAUGUUUAAGAAGAUGCCAGAGAUUCUGAGUCAUGUGACCACGGAUCGAGCCACUCAGAUCCAUGCCUGCCGGCACCCCAAGGAGGAGGGGUUUGUUCCUGCCAGCAGGCUGCCGUGUGGCUCCUCAGCAUCAGAUGGGACUCCUCUAAACAUCAUCAGUAUCAAACCCUCCACUAUGUGGUUUGGAGAGAGAACCCAGAGGACUAAGGUUAUCAUCAGGACAGGUGCCAGUUCCUACAGAGCCUGCUUUUCCUUCCACUCAUCCUACUCUGAGAUUAAAGACUUCCUGUCUUAUCUCCAGCCAAUCAACAUCUACCCCAGUGUCAUUCCUAUUGGCCGAACUUACGCUGAUGUCACGGAGCUGUUGAAGUCUAUGUGUAGGGACGUGUCCUCUUCCGCUGUGAUCUACAGACCUCUGGGAACACUGAAACGCACCAGACCAGAGCAGCACACCCACGAUGUGGACUGUGCCGAUUGGCUGUUUGAGGGGGCGGACCUGGCACCUGUCAGGAAGAGGGUGAUGAUGCAGGAGGCCGCACCCACAACGCUCCCUAACCCCCCCGACGAACCUCUACCCCUAACACACAUGCCUCUCAUCACAGGAGACUACAUGGACUGUACCGAAUCUAAUGAUGAUGAUGAGGAGGAGAGAGACCUGGAGGAAGAAGAGAGAGGUGGGGAGAGAGACGAGGGGUCUGUGUCUAAUUCUGGCACCCCUCCUCCUCGCUGGGAGGAGUUUUUCACCACGGAGAUACUGACGGACAGCCAGACCAGCCAACCACACUCCUGCUCGGACACAAGCCCCUCUCACUCCACACCAAACCAGCCAAUCACAGGCUCCCAGACCCCAGAGCUGUUUGUUGAUGACUACGCCAAACUCCCCUCGCCGUCAAUUCCUCUCUCGGCUGGGCGAGGCCUGAGUCAGGCUGAAAGCCUGCUCAUCCAAUCAGAAGACCGGUGUCAGGGAGAUGCAUUGACCAAUCUGGAUGCUGGGGGGGAGGAGAGUGGCAGCCACACUCACCAAUCAGAGCCAACGGAGUCUCAGGUGUCAUCGGACUUUGACAUCCCGUCUACGCCAGAUUCACACACACCUGGACCAGACGACCUCAGCGAUCUGUACAGGAGACUGGCCGCUGGAGAGGAAGUGGUCACCAGGACAGGAAGUCAGUCCCUCUGACCCAGUCUACACCAGAUUCACACACACCUGGACCAGACGACCUCAGCGAUCUGUACAGGAGACUGGCCGCUGGAGAGGAAGUGGUCACCAGGACAGGAAGUCAGUCCCUCUGACCCAGUCUACACCAGAUUCACACACACCUGGACCAGACGACCUCAGCGAUCUGUACAGGAGACUGGCCGCUGGAGAGGAAGUGGUCACCAGGACAGGAAGUCAGUCCCUCUGACCCAGUCUACACCAGAUUCACACACACCUGGACCAGACGACCUCAGCGAUCUGUACAGGAGACUGGCCGCUGGAGAGGAAGUGGUCACCAGGACAGGAAGUCAGUCCCUCUGACCACCUCUUUGUAUAUAGACAGAGGGAAGAGAAAGCAAGACAUUCCACCCACUAGUUUCUUCUGAUUCAUAUACAGUCAAUGAGCUGAACAGACCAAACCCAGCUGCUAAUGCAUUGGUGCCUAUGGGAGAGCAAUCACCUUAAGCAGACCGGAACUGGCCAUGAUAUACAGUAGCUUAGUAAUGUCUGAACCUUAACUCUGAUCACUCCAUCCAGGUGACUACUUUAAAAUGGUGGAAGCCCUCAAUGUCCAGGUUAUAUGUAAGAGUCCAUCUCUGUUAUAGAGUUAAUGGAUGACUGUGGGUUCUUGACAAUGUCUUCCUCACCUGAAAAUAAAGUUGGACAAAAACAGACAAUUGAUGAAUGCAUAUAUACGAUUUAAUGUGUGGGGCCAUAGCAUUAUCUACACAGAUCAUACCCAUGCCCUAUACACACAUGCCUGCUGCACACCUGGCCCUAUCAGGGCCAAGAGAAACCACAGCUACUCCUCGACCACCCUGGGAAAUGUUCAGUAGGGAACACAGUAACAGUCUUUCUGUGGUCUCUCAACUGGAGUCUGCUCCUGUCAGGCUAACGCAGUUCUGAACUGUAGAGAAUAAAGUCUGUAGCUGUUCUGAACCGUAGAGAAUAAAGUCUGUUGUAGCUGUUCUGAACCGUAGAGAAUAAAGUCUGUAGCUGUUCUGAACUGUAGAGAAUAAAGUCUGUUGUAGCUGUUCUGAACUGUAGAGAAUAAAGUCUGUUGUAGCUGUUCUGAACUGUAGAGAAUAAAGUCUGUAGCUGUUCUGAACUGUAGAGAAUAAAGUCUGUUGUAGCUGUUCUGAACCGUAGAGAAUAAAGUCUGUAGCUGUUCUGAAAUGUAGAGAAUAAAGGAACCAAGUUAAA